AUGGCCGCCGCGGCGUAUGUUUCGUUUGCGAUAUUAUUGUGAAAUUCCACAAAAACCCUGUAAUUAUGGGUUCUUUUAACAAGUUUGUUUCAGAAUAUUGUAAAACAUGGGAUAAAUCUGGAAAAGAUCAAUUUAUAAAAACAAUAACCCUAUACGUCAAGGAUGAAGCGAAGAGUCCUUUAUUUUCUAAGUCAGCCAAAUUGUCUGGUAUAUCAGAAAGUAUAUAUGAUUUACUCCUUUGUUGUGUUCGGGGACUAUUAAAAAAGGAUUCUAUUAUAACUGUACUACGAGAAAUAGUCGCAUUACAUGCGGAUAUACCAUCUAUACUUUUGGAUGUUGUUUGUAUACUCGAUGCUGAAACAUCAAUUGAAGUGCAAAGCGAAGAAAGGGCCCAGUUCUGCCAUAUAGUGAGAGAUUUGGAAUCAUUCAUAUCUGAUAAAUUGUUAAAAGAGCGUUUAGAGAUUGAUACAUUGCAAGAUGUUGGUACUCUCAAAAACAAAUCUUUUUACACUAAGUUUAUCAAAAUCAAAACAAAGCUUUACUACAAACAACGUAAGUUUAACUUGUUUAGAGAAGAAAGUGAAGGUUACGCCAAGCUGAUAGUUGAACUGAAUCAGGAGAUAUCAGAGGAUGCCGACUGGUCAACGAUGUUAGAAAUAAUUCAAUCCUUAAUAGGUUGUUUCAAUUUGGAUCCUAAUAGAGUCCUCGACAUUAUAUUGGAAUCAUUUGAAGCCAGACCACAUUUAGAUCAAUUAUUUAUACCACUUGUUAGCAGUUACAUGGGUGAUCCUCAAGUAAUAUCAGAAGUGCUAGGUUUUAAGCUUGGCAAUAUGGAAGUUCUAGAAGAUUAUAAGGAGCCACCACCGCUUAUGACUGUGAUAGCUUUACUUUUACAACACAAAGUCAUUUCCUUAGAUAAUAUUUACCCCUGGUUGCGUCCUGAUGAUUCUAUUAUGGCUAAAGAAGCAGACAAGGAAUUGAAGGCAGUACAAGAGUACAUACGUAAGCUAAACAUAGUGUCAACCAAAGGACCACAAGCUAAUGGACCGACAGAGUUCAUUGAAGAGAAAGCUGACCCACAGGAAUACUGGAGUAACCAAAAACUUGUGCUUAGUGAGGCUCUCCUCUCUGUGACAGCAUGGAAGGAAUUUGCAGAUUUGUCAGCUAGAAUGCCUGUCACAACAAUGGCUGCCCGGCCCGCUAAUGCACUGUGCAAGAUGUUGCAUGCUUUGGUUGAACCACUUUAUAGAAAACAUUGUCGAGUGUCGCCAAAGAUUUUAGGUACACCUGUGCCACCGCUGAAUUCCCCACUUGCUCCCCAAGCUUGUAAAAGCUUUGAAGAUAUGAAAGAAACUGUGAUUCCAGCACUUAUACUGUUAGGGCCUGCCCUUCACCACGAUCCUAUUUUGAUGUAUAAGAUUAUUCGUAUUUUGAGAACUGCUAAGUUAAGGUCCGAUGAUCCUCUAAACUACGAGGCACUGACUGUGCUUGAUGCGGCAAUACUUCCGGCGUUAACACUCAUGGAAGGAAAUUGUUGUAUGGCAGAAGAAGUUUAUACUCUGCUCAAAUUAUACCCAUAUCAAUGCAGGUACUGCCUGUAUUCUCGAUGGAAGAAUGAAUCUGGCGAAAGAAUACCGUCUUUGAUUCGCGUUCGCGGCAAUUCAUUGCAAAGAAUUAAGCACAUAAUGAAGCGAGUGUCGAAAGAAAAUAUCAAGCCACAAGGUCGACUUAUAGGAAAACUGUCGCACGCCGCACCGUCGUUCCUGUUUGACUACAUGCUUUUACAAAUACAGACAUACGACAAUUUGAUCGGCCCAGUCGUGGAGUCUUUGAAGUACUUGACUGCACUGUCACUGGAUGUGCUCGGGUGCUGUUUGUUGGAGGCACUGGUGGCGCGGCGCGCAUCUGCGCCCGCCCCGCUGCAAGCCCUCGCCGCUUUUGCCGGCGCCGCCUUCAAGAAACAUAACAUUGAACUAACUGCGCUACUCCAGUUUGUUGCCAACCGACUUAAAGCUCAGCAAAGUCAAGAUUUGAUCAUUCUGAAAGAAAUAGUUCAAAAAAUGGCGGGCAUCGAAGCUACUGAGGAAAUGACUCCAGAACAACUGGACGCCAUGGCUGGAGGGGAAUUGCUCAAGGGGGAGGCUGGAUAUUUCUCACAAGUACGCAACACUAGACGCUCAUCUGCACGAUUGAAAGAAGCGGUGGUUGGAACCAAUUUGGACAUUGCUCUGUGUAUACUGUCAGCUCAACAAAGACAUUGUUGUGUGUGGAAAGAGUAUACAGAGGAGAGCAGCGAGGGUUCCCAGCUGAAGGUGGUGGGUCGGCUGGCGGACCACUGUCAGGACGCGCUCGUGCAGCUCGGCACCUUCCUCGCCUCCUCGCACGCGCCGGACGAGUACGCCGCGCGCCUGCCGCCGCUCCAGGAACUACUCCGCGACUACCACGUGGAUGCCGAUGUGGCAUUCUUCCUCCACCGUCCAGUGUUGGCUCAGAAGAUCGCAGCAAAAGUCGAGGAGUUGAAGAAAUCAUCGGACAGUAAAUCCGAUUCAUUAGAAAAGAGUAUCGAGCGUUAUAGUGCCGCGUCCAAGGACGCUUUAGAACCGGUCGUUACUUCCAUAACACCGUUGUUACCCGCCCGAGUCUGGGAAGAUAUUUCGCCGGAGUUUUAUGUGACUUUUUGGUCUCUGUCAAUGUACGAUCUUAAAGUGCCAGUGGAGAGCUAUGACAGAGAAAUAGACAGAUUAAAAAUUGCAGCUGCAAAUGCUACCAAGGAUUCCUCCCAGGGUUCAAAGGGGAAAAAGGAGCAGGAGAGAUACAAUACUCUCAUUGAGAAACUACAGGAGGAGCGUCGUCGUCAGGAGGCGCACGUGGCGCGCGUUCGGGCGCGGCUGGCUCGCGAGUGCUCGGGCUGGUUCCCCGCGCGCGCCGCCAAGUCCGCCAAGAACGAGACCGUCACUCGGCUCAUGCAGCUCUGCCUGUUCCCGCGCUGCGUAUUCACGCCGCCCGACGCGCUGUACUGCGCGGAAUUCGUGCACACCGUCCACGCGCUUAAAACGCCCAACUUCUCUACGCUCCUAUGCUACGACAGGCUGUUCUGUGACAUCACGUACUCGGUGAUGUCGUGCACGGAGGGCGAGGCGGCGCGGUACGGUCAGUUCCUGUGCCGGGUGUUGCGGACGGCGAUGCGUUGGCACGGCGACCGCGCCGCCUUCCACGCUGAGUGCGCCCACUACCCUGGCUUCGUCACCAAGUACCGCGUCUCCAACCAGUUCACAGAGGCCAACGAUCACGUCGGAUACGAGAAUUACAGGCACGUGUGUCACAAGUGGCACUACAAGAUCACGAAGGCGAUGGUGGUGUGCCUGGACUCGGGCGAGUACGUGCAGAUCCGCAACGCGCUCAUCGUGCUAAUCCGCGUCCUGCCGCACUUCCCCGUGCUCGCGCGACUCGCGCAGAUCAUCGAGCGGAAAGUCGAGAAGGUCAAAGAGGAAGAGAAAACGCAAAGACAGGAUCUGUAUGUGCUCGCGACGGGUUACAGUGGUCAACUGAGGAACAAAGUUCCUCAUAUGAUGAAAGAAAGCGACUUCCAUCAGGUUGUGCACUUGGUAGCGCCUGAGCAGAAAGUGACGGCAGAAGUUCCUAAACAGGAGGACACCCCCGCGUCACCGCCGCAGCCACUAGAUGCGGAUAAAAAAGAUUUAAGAAGCGAAAGACGUAAAGAUGAUACCGAACGUGACAAGGAGACCAAACGAGAGUCUAGAUCGUCCGCUAAGGAGAGAAAUAAAGAGGAAAAUAGAAACAAAGACAGAUCGCCGAGAGAUAGAUCGCACAGAGAAGAGCGUUACUUAGAAACUGUAUCCCCUCCGCACGAGCAUCGUCAUGCGUCUGAUGAUUUAGAUCGCGAUGUGAAACGUCGUAAAGUAGAAAACAGCGGCAAUGGCAAGGGUAGCAAAGAUAUAGAAGAGAGGUCUCCAGAGAAAGAGAAACGCAAGGCAAAAGUUCGAGGCGACGAACGUAAGGAACGUAAGAUGAGUCGCAAGCGGGAACGAGCAGAUGAUUCAGCUUUACUAGAGCAGAAAAGGCGUCGCGAUGAACAAAAAGGCGUAGCAAAAUUAAGUGGACAUCAAAAUGGCUCUCAAGAAGACCAUCACUAUGAAAAAUAUCAUAAACGGGAAAAAUCACCAUUUCGAGACCGCUCACAUGAGGAUCAACGUGACAAACAUAGACGAUCAAACGAGUCAAAACUCAGAAGAUAAGAGAAUGGGAAGACAUUUAAAAAUAUCUUAUCAAUUAAAUUUCAAGACUUAAACAUGACUUACAGUAUACUUUGUUACUGUGAAUACUGUAUGUAAUAAAAUAUUGCUCUGUA